AUGAAGACGAAAAAAGUGUUGAAUUCGAGACAACCCAUUGUCGUGACCGCUGUCGAGCACCAGAAGAAUGCUGUGAACGAUGUGUUUCCACCACUUCCUCCACAACAACACACGUUGCAGUCCCUCAUCAACGGUGCAGUCGAUGAUCAUUACGAACAAAGGGUCGAUCCGAUUGUCACGACCACUGAGUCCUCCGAUGAGACCCUCGGGCCGGACCAGGAGUUGUCGUUAAGCGAAGAACAGAUAUUACAACGUUUGCCAAAAUUAAAGCUUAUCUCAGAUAUGCAUUCACGUGAUAUACCACCACAUCCUUCAUCCGCAAUGCCAGCUCUCACUCCCAUUCCUUCAUCCCAUCAUUUAGAGAGCCCUUCAACCCAUGCAUCGAUGGACACAAUCACUGAACCAACGAGUCAUUCAUCUGAAAGACAUUUUACGAGCAAUUGUGUCAUUAAUCUGAACGCAAGUGAAGGCAAUUGUAUUAAUAACUCCAUAUUAGCCGAAGUCACGAAUCUAUUAACCCAAGGAUAUCCUAAUCUUGAGUCCAGUCUUGCGAGCACUUCCACUGCAGUCGACUCAUCCUCUUUGGGCUGUAAUUUGGUCGACAAUAAUGUGAAGACAUCUCAAACCGUGAAUGUAGUCAAUGGUGUGUCCGAACAAGACGUGGAUGAAAAUCAAUCGCUUAACUCAACAAAUAUAGUGGACAUUGAUUUGAACGAUAACUCCAACUCACCGAUGAUGUCAAACACAACGGUUCUAAAGCCAAAAGAACCAAAAGUAGUGUCAUUUGCAGACAUGAAUCAGUCGUUAAAUACCUCAUCAUUGGCCACAAAACCACAUCUCAAUACUAGUGGUCCACAUGUGUCUCAUUUGAGUCGAAUCUCAUCGAACAGAGUGUCAAACGGAUCCUUAAGAGGAGUGAGACACUUGCAGCCCUUCCUGUACUGCGCCAAAGACUAUCGUAUAUUCGGAAUGACUCGACAUUCGGGACGCCAUAAGGCGGCCGAAGAGGAGGAGGAGGCGGACAAUGAGCUGAGUAUGACUAACGCCUCGUGGAGUGAGAUCGAUGGCAGUCAGUACGAGAUAAAUGUCACCAAAUGGACAGAUGAGGAGCAGAGGAAGGAGAUUCUCAAAGGAGUGGCUGCCAUGAAGUUCGUGAAGAGUAUUCGCGACGACGGAGUCUUCUACUGUUUCACUGCAUUCCCGGGUCAGUCCAACCCAACCGAUGGCUUGCAUUGUGUGAUGCGGUUAGAGAGGGAUGCCGUCAAAGAGCAGCGGUUUAGCGCAUUAGCCGUCACUCAUCUGUAUGUGAUUUGUGGCGAGUGUUUGGUGACCGCCGAGAACGGCAAGCAAAAGAAGUCAGUGGAAACGGGUCACGAGAUACUGAUCCCGGCCCACACCAGGUAUCAGAUCGAGAAUAAAUCGGUCAAUUCGUCCUAUUUUUACGUCAUCGUUACCCUGAGCUAA